GACACUCCCUGCCGCUGCAAAUUUCCAUCCUUUACGUAGACAGCAUAGUUCGAGCACCGGUACCGUAGUUAGUGGAUAGAUACCAUAACAAGAGAAUGGAAGAUAGAGAGGGACAAUCACUGCUGAGAGAACCACUCCUCAGUGCUGAAGCGACAGAGAGUGUUGGGAUGGCAGAAGAGAUUCCAACAAGUUCCGAUCAAAAUGAUGCCGUCAUUGGGCAAGAACAGUUGAUGAUGGAAGAGACCGAAACACCAUGGUACAAAUCACCCCUCCAAUUGAUUGCCAUGCUUUCCAAUUACUCCACAAGCUAUAAUGUAGUCAACAUCUCCAUGGUCAUUCCCAUCCUGGAAUUCACUAUUGAGGGAACCACGUCGGAGGAUGCCGCUGCCAGUGCUUCAUCGCUCUUGGCAGGCAUGAUUGUGGGUCAAUUGCUGGGUGGUUAUUUGGGAGAUUCACCCGUCCUGGGAAGAAUGGGGGCUUUGCAGCUCGUCAUGGUCUUGCAAGUUAUUGCCAGCCUUGGAAGUGCCAUGAUUUGGAGCAGUCUCAGCAGAGAUGCUUUCUUUGUAUGGUUGGCCAUCUUUAGAUUUCUAUUGGGUGUGGGUGCUGGAGGGGUAUACCCACUGGCUGCGGUUUUAAGUGCAGAACAAGGCAACAGUCAAAAUGCAACUUCCACAGAACCGCAACAACAAAGCCCCAAACAGGUGCGACGCGUAGUACUGACAUUUAGCACACAGGGAUUGGGAUUCAUCACUGUGCCAUUGGUCACGGUUCCCCUCUUGUACAUGACAACCAAUCUCGAUAUUGUCUGGAGAGUCAUCUUGGCUCUGGGUAGUAUUCCCGGCAUUAUCAUGAUGGCGGCACAGUUGUGGAUCCACAAGCAGAAUUCACGUCAUGAACCAAUUCCAACGACAGAACAGGAAGAAAGUCAACCCGAAAAUGAAAAUUGCAACAAUGACCCUCAGGAUAAUUACAACAAUAACCCUCAGGAAAAUCAGGACGAAGAAGAAGCAGAUCCAACUGUCCAAAAUGGUCUGCAAGAAAACAAUAAUAACAAUACGGAGGAAUCUCCUGAUGCUGAUGACGGUGCACUGAUGCGGGACAUUCAAAUCAUGGAAGAACAGCUUCGUGACAACACGGGGCGCUGGGCUUCUAUUCAAGGUGAACCGAUGCUGUUUCGAAAAUUAUUGGGGACUGCAGGGACAUGGUUUUUAUUUGACGUGUUGUUUUAUGGGAAUGCUCUCUUCCAACCCAUUGUGAUCGAGGCCGCAUUUGGAUCCAGUAGCAAAGGAGGCGAUCCUAUCAUCGAAUUGAGGGAAACAGCCAUCAAUUCCUUGAUUUUGACUGCCAUUGCCCUCCCUGGUUACGGUGUCGCAGGCUUGGUCAUGGGAAGACGGAUAUGCGGUAUACUUCAAACGCCAAAAUACAUCAUGCUACAAGGAUUCGCCUUGAUGGCCGUUCUCUACUUUGCCAUUGGGACCAAUUGGUCUGCUUUGAAGCACACGCCAGUGCUUCUCGUAUUGCUCUAUGGCAUGACCUUCUUUGCUGCCAACAAUGGACCAAACACGACAACUUUCAUCUUGCCUUCAAUGGUGUUCUCGCCAGAGUGCAGAUCCACAUUAAAUGGAGUCAGUGCUGCCGCGGGAAAGUUGGGCGCUUUGACUGGAGCCACCCUGUUUGAACCAGUUGCAGAAACCUAUGGCGAUGCCAAUGUCAUGCUGAUCUGUUCCGGGAUUGCCGUCCUUGCUUUCGUCAUGACAUGGUGGUUUGUGCAAAUGCAUCCCACCAGUCAUCGGCACGAAUAAUAGACUUACACAAAGGAAAUUAUUUUGUAGUUUCAAGACAGAGUUCUUGUCACUGUG